GUUUUCUGGCUUUGCGUUGAGCAGAGGUAUCAUUUUAUAUAAUAAUUCGGAUUUUGUUCAAAAAAGUGCUUGCUAUUUAAACGAAAAUACCGUGAAAGUGUUGUCAAGGAAGUCCGACAAUGGCGGCAUCGAUAGAAAUACCGCUCCGGGACACGGAUGAGGUGAUCGAGCUAGAUCCGGAACAGUUACCGGAGGGUGAGGAAGUUUUAGGUAUAUUACGGCAGGAACGUUCGCAGCUGAAUACCUGGGUUACGGUUGCGCUUGCUUACUACAAGCAAAACAAAACUGAUGAUUUCAUCCAAAUUUUGGAAGCGUCUCGCAUUGACGCUAAUAUUUCCUACCGGGAUUUCGAGAAGGAUCAAAUGCGAGCUUACGACAUGUUGGCGGCGUACUACGUGCAGGAAGCGAACCGGGAGAAGUCGAAAGACAAGAAAAGGGAACUUUUCAUGAAGGCUACCCAUUUGUACACGACGGCCGAUAAGAUCAUCAUGUACGACCAGAACCAUUUGUUGGGACGUGCCUAUUUCUGUCUCUUGGAGGGUGAUAAAAUGGAACAGGCAGAUGCGCAGUUCAAUUUCGUGCUCAAUCAAUCGCCUUCGAAUAUUCCUUCGCUGUUGGGUAAGGCCUGCAUUGCGUUCAACAAGAAGGAUUAUCGUGGUGCUUUGGCUUUCUAUAAAAAGGCACUCCGAACGAAUCCGAACUGUCCGGCUGCAGUGCGGCUCGGUAUGGGGCACUGCUUCUUAAAGAUGAAUAAUCAGGAGAAAGCAAAGUUGGCUUUUCAAAGAGCUUUAGAUCUCGAUCCCCAGUGCGUUGGAGCUCUUGUAGGUUUGGCGAUUCUGAAGCUUAAUCUCCAUGAACCGGAAUCCAACCGUCUGGGUGUUCAAAUGCUGUCGAAAGCAUAUACGAUCGAUUCGACGAACCCGAUGGUUUUGAACCAUUUGGCGAAUCACUUUUUCUUCAAGAAGGAUUAUCAAAAGGUGCAGCAUCUGGCAUUGCACGCGUUUCACAACACGGAAAACGAAGCGAUGCGAGCGGAAAGUUGCUACCAAUUGGCGAGAGCAUUUCAUGUCCAACAGGAUUAUGACCAGGCUUUUCAGUAUUACUACCAAUCGACGCAGUUUGCACCGGUUAAUUUUGUUCUACCCCAUUUUGGGUUAGGCCAAAUGUACAUUUACAGAGGCGAUUCGGAAAAUGCAGCCCAAUGCUUUGAAAAAGUACUGAAGGCUCAACCCGGUAACUACGAAACAAUGAAAAUUCUUGGUUCACUGUAUGCCAGCUCGUCAUCCCAGUCAAAGCGCGACAUUGCUAAAAGUCACCUGAAGAAGGUCACCGAGCAGUUUCCGGAUGAUGUUGAAGCUUGGAUUGAACUGGCACAAAUUCUCGAGCAGAAUGAUCUACAGGGAUCCUUGCAGGCUUAUGCUACGGCUACCAAUAUCUUGACGGAAAAGGUGAAAGCGGACAUUCCGCCUGAAAUUCUGAACAAUGUAGCCGCUUUGCACUAUAGACUUGGUAAUUUGAACGAGGCUAUGUCGAAGCUAGAAAUGGCGAUCGAUCGAGCCAAGAAUGAAGCUCAGCAUGAUUCACAAUAUUACGAUUCGAUUUCGGUCACGAUGACGUACAAUUUGGCGAGGCUUAACGAGGCGAUGGCUUCGUUUGAUAAAGCCGACAAGCUGUACAAGGAUAUAUUGAAAGAACAUCCGAAUUACAUCGAUUGCUAUCUUCGGCUGGGCUGUAUGGCUCGCGACAAGGGUCUGAUUUUUGUGGCAUCCGAUUUCUUCAAGGAUGCUUUGAAGAUUAAUAUGGAGAAUCCAGAUACACGCUCGCUGCUGGGUAAUUUGCAUUUAGCUAAGAUGCAGUGGACACUGGGACAGAAAAAUUUUGAAACUAUUCUGAAGAACUCCGCAACCUCGAGCGAUGCGUACUCGUUGAUUGCGCUGGGUAACUUCUGGCUGCAGAGUUUGCAUCAGCCCAGCAAGGACAAGGAGAAGGAGAAGAAACACCAAGAAAAGGCGCUGGCUAUCUACAAGCAGGUGCUUCGAAAUGAUCCGAAAAAUAUUUGGGCAGCCAAUGGCAUCGGGGCAGUUUUGGCACAUAAGGGUUGCAUAAUUGAGGCACGAGAUAUUUUUGCACAGGUCCGUGAAGCUACAGCUGAUUUCUGCGACGUAUGGUUAAACAUUGCUCAUAUCUACGUGGAACAGAAGCAGUAUAUCAGUGCGAUUCAGAUGUACGAGAAUUGUUUGAAAAAGUUCUACAAGCAUAACAACGUCGAUGUGAUGCAAUAUUUAGCGCGAGCAUACUUCCGAGCCGGUAAACUGAAGGAAGCCAAGAUGACUCUGUUGAAGGCGCGUCGUGUCGCCCCGCAAGACACUGUACUGCUGUUCAACAUUGCUCUAGUACUACAGCGCCUUGCGAUGGUGGUUCUCCGGGACGAAAAGUCGGUGCUGAGUGUCGUUCUGCAAGCGGUCCACGAGCUGGGCUUGGCUCACAAAUAUUUUAACUACUUAUCGAUACAUGGUGACAAAACGCGUUAUAACAUUGCAUUGGCAGCAACCGAAGCCAGCCAGUGUCAGGAUCUGCUGCAGCAAGCUCAAUAUCACGUAUCUCGUGCUCGGAAAAUUGACGAAGAAGAACGGGUUCUUCGCCAGAAGCAGGAGCAGGAACGCGAAGAAUUCAAGCGUCGCCAGCAGGAGGAACGUUUGCGAAUGGAAGAGAUGCGUCGCAAGGCUCACGAAGAGAUGUUACUGAAACGACAGGAGUACAAGGAGAAAACCAAGAAUGCGCUAUUUUUCGUGGAUUCAGGUCCCGAACCGAAAAAGAAGAGCGGCAGAGGUCGCAAGGAUUACAUUUCUGAUUCCGAUGGAUCGGGUCCUGCUGGAAGCGGUGGAGAGGAAGGAGGUCCAUCGAAGGAACGCAAAAGGAAGGAACCUGGCGAGAAGAAAAAACGUAAACCGGGUGGUGGUCGUAAGAAGAAGGAAAAGCUUCCGAGGGGAUCCGGAUCUGAUAGUGAGGAAGAUUCGGCUCCGAAGAAACGCGGUCGUAAGAAGGGUUCACUCGGUGGUAGGAAGGCUAAGCAGAUGGAAGACGGAUUAUCGCAACGACAGAAAUCGCGAAUUGUCUCUAAAGCUACGGUAUCUACGAGCGAAUCCGACAGCGAUAGAAGCCGCUUGAAAAUUGCCAGUGGUGCCAGCGAUUCCGGUUCCGGCAAUAAUAGUCCGGUUACUAAGCGCAAACGCGUGUUAGCUUCCGGAUCGGAGAGUGGUUCCGACAGAUCCCGAUCGCGAUCACGCUCCAAAUCGGGAAGUCGCAGUCGCAGUGGGUCGCGCUCUGUCUCCCGAUCUAAAUCGCGUUCUCCAUCGGGAAGCCGGUCGCGUUCGGGUUCUCGCUCCAGUCGUUCUCGGUCGGGAUCACGGAAAUCGGGUAGCCGUUCAAGAUCCGGUAGCCGCUCGCCAUCACGUUCACGCUCACGUUCCGGUUCCGGCAGUCGACAGGCGUCUCCCAUUUCUCGAAAAUCGGUAUCCGGAUCCGGGUCAGACUAAAUUAUAUGACGCAUAUGUUUUUACUUGAAAAUAUUAUUUUAAUUUUAAUAUAAUAGUGGUUAAAAAUUUGAGACUCUUUAACGACUCUGUAAUGAAUGCAUAUUUGAGCUGCACCAAUUCCUGUAUAUUUGUUGAAAAUAUCGGUGAAAUAGUAGUCUUAGCAUCGGCUAGCAGCAAUUGUACUUUUCCUAACAAAUGAAUUUCUUGUUGUAUUUAGAUGGUUAAGCAUUAUACUUCAAUAAACUAU